CAUGGUGGAUACGCCGCUGGUACUUCCUAUAUAUAAGUGUUUUCACCAUGAUUACCAAACUUUCGUAAAAAGUGCCAUGAGAAAUUCAGUGUUUUGCAGACCUACUUAGACCUAAUACGCAAACUCUAGGCAACUCACAAACGCAUUAUAUUCGAUUUUCCCCGACGAGACUUCAUUCUUAGCACGAUACUUUCAUCUAUCCGAUAUUUAUGCUAUUCUUAUACUCAUAAUCGUUUAUUAGACCAAUCGUCCACCCUUAUAUCUUCGUUAUUCUCCGUUGCCCUUCAUACAAGCCUCAAUUUGAAACAAACCUCUCCUGUUUGCCUAAAUCCUUUCAAGUCUUCAUCUUAAAUAAGUUUCGGGACGAAAUUUCCUAAAGGAGGGGAGACUGUAACGUCUCGUAUUUCCGUUUUUUUUAUAUAUUCGUAGGAUGUACGGGCCACUUAAAUGCGACAACGGGCUUGUGGGCCUGGGGCCCAAGCCCACCUAACAACUUUUUGUAAAAACCCUUUUAAAAGAAAAGACCUAAACCCAAGCCUACUUAAAACCAAACUAAAUACCCAUGUUAAAAUCUCAAAACCCUAUAUCUUCCUCAUUUUGUUACAGCCGCUCACCCUCAACCCUCUCAUCUCUCUCUUUGUCUGAAUUCACGUUCUCCAAAAGAAAUCCCUGCUACACACCUUAGACAAAUAUGAAAAACACCACAAUCAGAAAUUACAUCUCAUCCUAGCUUACAUCUCUCCUCUUUCUCUCUAGAAUCCGGUGACUGGAGUCGGGAUUCCAACCGAACUCCGGUGAUGCUCUGGCCUCGAUAACACCUCCAAGCUCCUCUUCUUCCUAUACCUUACAAACACCCCAUUCUGAUCGGUUGGGAGAGAGAGAACGUGAGAGAGAAAGAUGUGGUGCGGCGGUGGUCUUCACGGUGAACCACAACAACAGCGACGGCAGAGGAGGGGCUCGACGACGGCUCCGAUUCGGGUCGGUUCAGGUUACCGGCGCCGACAUCUCAGGCGACGUGGUGGUUAUUCAGCUCGGACCCUUCAGUUCUGUUUUGUUACGAUUCGGAUACGGGUCAAAGAUGGUUCGAUACGGUUCAAAUCUAAGGUUCUGUUCGAUGUUUUCGGGUCGACAAACCGGGUCAGCUCAGAUGACGGCUCGGGUCACGGUCCGUUUUAGAUUCAGUCAAAGUUCGAGUCAAGCUGGUCAAUCGGGUCAAACAUGGUCAACAGCAGUUUUCAGUUCGGUCAGACCAGUCAACUGGUCAACACGCGUCACUCGGGAGACUUGGUCAGCAACUUCAGUUCGAGAGUCUUGGAUUUACUCGGUUCAGUCCAGUGUAGAUUCGGGUGUUUGGUUCGAUCUAUUUCAUCAUUCGGAUAACCGUUUUGUACGUUCUCUUGGAUUUUUCUCCAUCUCUACUCGUGCAUUAUUUCAAGGAAUCUCUAUACGCAACCAAUGUUGACUAAUGAAGUAUGGAUGAUUGAUGAAACAAGUUUAGGGUGGACUAGAUACACACCUUUAAUCUAUUUAUCUUUUAAUGUUAUGUUAUUUGUUGAAACAAUGUUGUCUUUUUUGUUUUGAUUAUUGUAUGACAAUCUAGCAAUUGCAAAGAAAUUUGAAUUUAAUUAAAUAUUGUCACA